GAAUACAAUGUAGGUUGUUGCUGUGAGUUUUUUUUUUCUCUUUUCCUUUAAUAGGGAUGUUUGUAGUAGUGAACUCGUAUGUAGGUAAUAAAUUGUCUGUGUAUUGUAAACGCAAUAGUGUAAAUAAUUUUAUUUCGCGCAAAUAAUGCGAAGGGUUACGCUUUUUGUAAACGGGUCCUCCAAAAACGGCAAGGUUGUAGCAGUGUACGGGACUCUGUCUGAUCUCUUAUCUGUUGCCAGCAAUAAACUGGGAAUCAGGGCCACUAAUUUGUACAAUGGAAAAGGCGGCCUCAUUGACGACAUCGCCCUAAUUAGAGAUGAUGACGUGUUAUAUGUGUCAGAGGGAGAUGCCUUCAUUGAUCCUCAGAGUGAAGGGAGAGCUGCUGAUGACCGCUCAGGUUCUCACAGCGAUUGGCUGACUUUGAACAUCGGCGGGCGGCUCUUCACAACCACACGGAGUACACUUGUGAGCAAGGAGCCUGACAGCAUGCUCGCCCACAUGUUUCGAGGGAAGGACGUGUGGGGUAACAAGCGAGAUGAGCAAGGCGCUUACCUCAUCGACCGCAGUCCUGAGUACUUCGAGCCCAUCCUGAACUACCUGCGACACGGCCAGCUUAUUGUCAAUGAAGGAAUUAACUUGCUAGGUGUACUGGAAGAAGCUCGUUUCUUUGGAAUCGAGCAACUCGCCGAGCAGAUAGAAGUUGCCAUUAAGAACUCCCAUCCCCCAGAGGACCACUCUCCCAUCUCCCGGAAAGAGUUUGUACGGUUUCUGCUCGCCACGCCGACCAAGUCAGAGCUGCGCUGUCAGGGGCUGAAUUUCAGCGGGGCAGACCUGUCUCGGCUGGACCUGCGCUACAUCAAUUUCAAGAUGGCCAACUUGAGCCGCUGUAACCUCACCUGCGCCAACCUGUGCUGCUCGAACCUGGAGAGGGCCGACCUCUCUGGGGCCAACCUGGAUGGUGCAAACCUGCAGGGCGUGAAGAUGCUGUGUUCGAAUGCCGAGGGCGCCUCACUGAGAGGCUGUAACUUCGAAGACCCAUCAGGACUCAAAGCCAACCUGGAGGGUGCCAAUCUGAAGGGUGUGGAUAUGGAAGGCAGUCAGAUGACGGGGAUAAACCUGCGUGUAGCAACGCUGAAGAAUGCCAAGCUGAAGAACUGUAACCUGCGAGGAGCAACUCUAGCAGGCACUGAUCUAGAGAACUGUGAUUUAUCCGGCUGUGACCUCCAAGAAGCCAACCUCCGUGGCUCAAACGUGAAGGGAGCCAUCUUCGAGGAGAUGUUGACUCCGCUGCACAUGUCCCAAAGCGUGAGAUAACAACCAAUCGUGCCGCUCCUACCCAAGCAGCCUAUCGAAGCUGUUUGCUUACGAAUGUUAAACGUCCCCCCCCAUCGGACCCGUAUGCAGUAUCGUCAUUCCAUGUUUUCACCCCACAGCUUUACUCUCUUGCACUAGUGCACAUGCAGGGUGUUUUUUAAUUAGCACAGGUCUCUUGUAGGAUUAUCAGUACACGUACAUAAUUGUCCAUCUUGACCUAUGUGUUCUACCAAACCGAGUUUAUGUAUGUAUGUUUAUUUAUAUUUAUGUCGGAUUUAAUCCACAGAAAGCGUCAGCUUCCUGUAUCAGUGCUAAUGCUCUGGAGGUUUAAAUUAUAUCUGGGGAUAUGGAUCCCAGCUGAAUGAAGUUUAGUGAAUGUAUAUCGGCUGUAGAAGUCACAAAGGUGAACGCAAGCAAAAGUGUGUUCUAUUUGAGUUUAAAAAAGGCCUGGGGAAAACCCUUUCCAUGGCGAAAUUUGACUUUCUUAAAAGUAGCCUGCCUUUCGAUUUCAUCAAAUUGGUGAAAUUUGGUUCCCUCUGAAAUUUGCUCAUUGUGAUAUGUUUGUUUGUAAUAUCUAAAAAAAAAAAAUUAAUUUGAAGGGAUUCCCGAGCAGAUAACGUGCAUGAAAUCGCUCGCUUCGCGCAGUCAAGCAGACCGAGGAAGUCCGUGUGCACAUGCGCAGGUUCACCUUUGACCGUGCACUUUGACCGUUCGUUUAGCAUUGUUUUAUCGCUAAACGAGCAGCUGAUCACACCGAGGUGCUCGCUGACGUUUUAUUAGUUUGGUCCUGCAUUUCCUUUCCUUCACAACAUAACGUCUUUUCGUCUCGCUUUCCAUUACCGUAGUAGGUCUUUCACGUUUCAUUUGCAUCCUCCAUUUUUCUCUCUCUCCUGUUUCAAAUUUGUAUCCCACAAUGCCUUGCGCGGACAGGGAAAGCCCACCACGUGACGCAUGACGUAGAAUUGCGUCAUGGUGAAGCAGGAAAAAAUAGCGGUGAAUUUAGGGCCAUGUGGCUCUAAACUCCAUUAAUUGUUCUGUUUUGAAAAAAAACUAAUAAUAAUUUGGAAGCCUCCGAUUCGAAUUCAGUAGCUUUCAGUCCACUAAACAAAAAUAAUUGGGUAUUGAGAGAUUCUUCUUAUGACCUAAAUCUGAAAGGCAGUCUACCUUUAAGUCUCAGCAACAUCUGGAGGUUUUUCCAGGCCGAAGCACAAAUAUGAAGACGUUUCAGCUUUGGUAAUGACUGGACUUGCUCGAGUUCGACUCUGAAAUCUGAAGAAGGAGCCGUUUUUAAAGCUCUUCUGCUUUCGCUUUAGUAUUUCCGUACCAUAUCGUAACAUCUAUAGCAUGUAUGCAUGCUUAAAACGGCAAAUUACUACCCGUAUACCAUGUGUAACAGGUGAAAGGGUUAUGAAAGGAUUCUGAAGUUGGGUAUAAAAGUACAUAUGCAAUGUAAAUGUAUGUUUAUUUGUGCUCUGUGUGUGCUGUUCAAACGGAAACAGGAUUUUUUUUUCCCUUUUGUUUACCAGUUAUUAUUUCAGAUCUACCUCCCAGACAAAACUGACUUUUUUGCUCGUCAAUCCUGUGGAUUUCUUUCAAAUGCUCAUGAGAAGGCGAGAGAGAAAUUGUUGAAAGAAGGAAAGAAAGAUGGUUUACCAAAAUGCAGUCGUGCCUAAAAAAAAAAAAGUGGUUGGUUGUGGUGCAAUGCAACCAGUAGCAAGCUUCUACUGGUUUGAAUUCAUUCAUUGUUGUAUUCUGUGACUCUAUCUUGAAACAUCUCCGGAUUGAGUUUUUUUUUUUUUUUUUUAAAUAAUUUUUGACACCAAAAAGGGUUAAAAGGGUGCUUUAGUUCAUCCAGUGCUUCCUUAUGUAUUAGUGCGUGUAUACAGUAUAUACAGUACAAGCUGUCAUUCCUUACUUAGCACUUUUUUUUUGUGUGUGUGUAUCGCUUAUUUGUUGUAGUACAACAUAACAGCCUUCAUGUCACGUGUCACCCGGAUCAUUAAUAUCAACCCAAGUUAUUGCUGCAUGGUCAAAUACUUGACCGAUUCAGCCAAAUAAUUUCUGACAUGAGCUUAAAGCUAAUGAUAUUUCUUUUCAAUGUAAUAUUAGGUACUCAUUAAAUGAAGGCAAUCAGAAGCAAACUUUGGCACUUUUUGAGUGCAAUUCUCUGAUGAUCACACCCUCACCGAAAGGGCACAGGCUAUUUAUUUAUGUAAGGUGCAAGAGAAGAGGAGUCUUCUCUUGCCUCGCUGUUACGGAAAUGUGUUUACUAUAAACGGACUGUUAUAAACAAA